GUUUGAUUAGUAGUACAACCCUGGCCCCUCCUCCGUUUGAACACCCCACGAACCAAAACACUCUCAAACUCAUCCUCCAACCUGCUUCUCCCUUUUAAAGGAUAUUUACAUUGCACCAUGUCAAGCCCCAUUAGAUUAACCCCCCGGUUUGAGAUCCGCCAACUCGGUCUCGAACACCAAGACUGGGCCAACGCAAUCGUCAUCCACAGCAAUGUCUUCUGCUCACCAAUCUGGCCCAACGUCUACCCGAUGGACAAGACCAGGCGCCUUUACCAAGGCUUCCUUGGCAGCGAGUACCUAAUCGCGCACCAAAUUGCUUCGGGCCUAUCCUACGGCGUCUUCGACAAGGAAUACAAGUACAAACUGCCCUCGUCCGAGCAAACCGGGGGCAAACUCCACUGGGACCUGAACGAUGAGACCGUAACCAACGAGCAGCUCAUCGAACAGAUGGACUUCCCACUGGUCUCAGUAGCGAUGAGCUACAACGGAUCUAAUCCGCUAGAUCUCGACCGGCUGAAGCCGCUGUUCGGAGUGCUGCCUUUAUUCCCCAAGCUACUGCAACGGCUGGUUGACAUCGAUUCUCGUGGAGAGGUGACGACGCAUGAGGGGACGUUGAUGAGGAAUGGAACUUCGACGAGGGCCGAUUACGAGGGGUACGGGCUGAUGAAGCGGACGGCGCAUUGGCUGAUGCGCGAUGCGGCGAGUAAGGGCUUUAAGGGCAUUGAGAUUCCAUGCUUCCAUGAUGCUGUUAUUGGGGUUUGGUCGAACCCACCUGCUCCCUUUCGGGGGAAGAUUGUUGCCCAGCUUAAUAUUAAGGACCAGGAGGGGGUGGAUGAGGAUGGAAAGGGAAUCAAGCAGUAUGCUCAUGUGGAUCAGCGGAUUGCUAAGAUCUAUGUGACGCUUGUUUGAGAGUGUGCUAGUGUGUGAUGGACAAAGCUGGAUCUUGGGAUUGGGAAGUUGUGAGUUAUUAGUUCCUCAGAAUUUGUUUCAAUAGCGAGGAAGCAAUCGAGCAUUUGGUUGUAUAUACCGGUUAUCAUUGAUACUGUCAUCAGAUUUUAAGUUCUA